CCCCUCCCCCCCACACGUGCAUUUCCUCCAUUAAAUACACCACAGCUUUUCCCUUCAGCUGUGUGCUCAUAGAUUGUGACUCAUCCUCCUGCUGAAUUCCUCAAUUCUCUGUUUAAGAAAUUAUAAUUCUGAAAUUUCUUGAAUGGCAUCAAAACGCAUAUUGAAGGAGCUCAAGGACUUGCAGAGAGAUCCACCAACAUCAUGCAGUGCAGGUCCUGUGGCUGAGGAUAUGUUCCAUUGGCAAGCUACCAUCAUUGGUCCAAAUGAUAGUCCUUAUGCUGGUGGUGUUUUCCUUGUGACUAUCCAUUUCCCACCAGACUACCCUUUCAAACCCCCAAAGGUUGCCUUCAGGACCAAGGUAUUCCAUCCAAACAUAAAUAGUAAUGGGAAUAUCUGCUUGGACAUACUCAAGGAACAAUGGAGCCCAGCACUCACCAUAUCCAAGGUUUUACUCUCUAUAUGCUCCUUGCUGACUGACCCAAAUCCAGAUGAUCCUCUUGUUCCUGAAAUUGCUCACAUGUGCAAGACUGACAAGUUCAAAUAUGAGUCAACUGCUCGGAGCUGGACACAAAAGUAUGCCAUGGGCUAGAUCCUCAUGCCUACUAAAAUUAUAGCUCUCUUCUUGUCAAUAUUAAACUUUCCAUUUUGCCUGUCAUACUGCCUUGUUGAGGUAUAAAAAUGACCUAAGUAAGGCUUUUUUACUUUGUACUUCGAGCAUCUCUUUGCUUAGAAUAAAUGGGUGGCAACUUUUGAUCUUGUCUUUCACUCUCAAUGAUUUUUGCAUUGUAAUAAAUAAACUCCAAUUCACCCUCA